AAUACUUAUGUUGUUUACAACGCUUAGUAAGGCAGUGUGGACUCAAGUGCGGGAGAGAUCGAAGGUCUAUCUAGUGACCGGCCUCCCUUACGCAACCAUGGCCAGCAAUGCUGAAUCCUGGAAAUCUGCUAGCUCUAUAUAUGACUUCACUUGUAAAGACAUAGAUGGAAAUGAUGUAUCUCUUGAAAAAUACAGAGGCCAUGUUGUUCUCAUCGUAAAUGUAGCCAGUAAAUGAGGGUUUACAGACAAGAACUACACUCAGCUACAAGAAUUGCACGCUAAGUAUGCUGAGAGUAAGGGCUUGAGGAUUCUUGGAUUUCCGUGUAACCAAUUCGGUGGACAGGAACCAGGAACAAAUGAAGAGAUAAAAGAAUUUGCUACAAAGAAUUAUGGAGUCCAGUUUGAUAUGUUUGCCAAGAUUGAUGUAAAUGGCAGCAAAGCUGACCCUCUGUUUAGCUACCUGAAGAAGAAGCAAAGUGGAACUUUUGGAAAUUUUAUCAAAUGGAAUUUUUCUAAGUUCCUUGUGAACAAAGAAGGAAUCCCGGUAAAGAGGUAUGCCCCAAAUGAUGAACCCAAUAAAGUUGCAUUGGAUUUUGACAAGUAUUGGUAGAAAUGAUGCAAAAAUCAAUUGAUGGAAACUCAACUUAGACAGUCAUUAAACAGUGGGAGUGGCAGGCAAAAUAUGCAUUUCAAUUAUCCAAUUACAGAAAAAAUUGGUGGAGGACAUCAGAAAAAAGUUGUCUCAUUGUUGUGAAGUAGUAUAGGAACCAAAAUUCCUUCGUGAGACAUGUUGUCAUAUUGUAACCUGACCUUAACCUUUCAUUGUUUAGAAUGAUUCUAUAGUAACACAGACUGUAUGACGACUUAUUCUGAAACUGUUCACAGUGGGAGAAGUCUGAGCUUUAACAAGCGUGCACCCUGUCUGAUGUUACCAUGGAGUUUUCUACCGCAUUCGAAGGUCAAGGUCUUGUUAUCUUAUAUCACCUGUUAAACAUGCAUUAUAAGUUAGUUUUAUGUUUAGUUGCUAUUCAGUUACUUUGUGCUAUUGAUUUUGUGAUUGAUGUACUGCCUAGUCAGAUGUAUCGCUGAAUAUCCAACUAAUUCGCAAGGCAAUCCAAUGUUAAUAUUGUAUUAUGUUUUGUUCUGUACUCUGUACAAGCCAAAGGUCUCUAGCAGUAGAUGUUGUGCAUUCCAUGUCCUAUCAGUUUGUUUGUAAAGCUUGAAGUAUAUUCCAUAAAAUUUUGUUGAAGUUAUUUCUGUGAGACUUAUCUCUUUAAAUAAAUAUAUAUUUACCUACAAUAUAUAAACCCUCAUAUAUGUCAUAUAUAAAGAAACAUAUCAAAGACGUUUUAUACAUUCUGUAUUAGGAUAUUCAUACCUGGUUAAAAAAUGGCUAAAAGUAUCAACAGAUAUCUCCCCCAUUUGUUAUAUUAUAGUAGUAAGUAUUUCUCAUCAGAAAUAAACUUGACAUAUUUACCUAGUAAUCAUUUAACAAUGUAACAGGUAUGGAAUAAAGUCUGCAUUUAAAUGGUAGAUAUCUCUUAACCUGGUACCUUGUACUCAGGUUAUACCAUACACACAAAGACAAAUAUUUUCUACAACAAACAUACAUGUUUACCGACUCACAUCGAAAGAGUGAAGUGUUGAACUCUGGGUAAUAAUGAUGUAUUACUAAUGUGACAUCAUUUUACUUUUGAAACGACCCUGAACUAAACAUUAUAAGUUUUCGUGGAAUGUUUUUAUUUGUAAUAAAUGGUACAUUUGAUAUGAAACAAUUUGUCCAGGAUUGCCCGUAGCUUCUCUAUUAAUAUACAUCUUUCACUAACUGUGCUUCCUGGAGACCAUCUUGAUGGCCAAUCCUGUUUUUGUUGUAUGUUUAAUGGUGCUUUGGUAGGUGUUCAAAGUAGUUUGUGCAUAUCUGUUCUUGUAGGAAAAUUACUGAUUUUUUUAUCUCUCAGUUUUAUUGUUUAAUAGAUUGUUUUAAAACGAUUGACAAUUAAUGUUUGUUUAUAUAAAAAUCUGUAUUUUAUAUGAAACAAUAGCCAACAAUCGAUUGUCAACAACCAACUUGUGAGCUUGCAUAAGAAAAUGUAUAACACGUUUUAACAAUUUGAUUUUUCAAACAUUUGAGAAAUAUAUAUUUGUAAAUCAUAAAAUUUCAGUUAUCUUCUGACAAUGGUGAAAUGUUUCAAUAUUAGGCUGCUUUUGUGUUAAAACAAACUGUACACAUAUUGAUGAUUGCUGUACAGAAAUUUUACUUCCUGUAUUAUUUUUUUUUUUUUUUUUGUGCGAGACUGAAAUUUUUUUCAAAAGAACAUCAAUUUGUUGGCAUUUAAUUUUAUGGAUUCAAAUUUGAUUUUGUGGAUAAAGAGCACUCACAUAAUCCACUUGUACGAAAAGUCCAUGUUAGUUUUUGACGAUCAUUUCAUGGUCAGAUGAAUUCAUGAAGAUAACGUGGAAUCAUCAGAAGUUAAAAUCCCCAAGAAAAUUAAUUAUCAUUCUGUAUUUUUUUUCUCAGCAACUCAAAGGCCUUUCUGAAAAUUUAAGUAGAAGACUUUUUCAUUAUAAAUGGUUAAUGAUUUGAUGUAUAAAUGACUAAUUUGUGUAUUUGACAGAGACAUCGGUAAUUCUCCAGUGAGGUGAUAUCCUGACUAGGAACAUGUAUGUCAUCUCAUAUUUGCAUUCCUUUGUAAAUCACAUCCAAACAAAUUGAUUGGGCUUAGUUACAUUUACUCUCAUAUUAGCACAUCACUAUUGAGAUCUUAUUGCCUGCUUUCUCCAGUAAAUCAUGGAUGUCUUUUUCAAUCAGUCUGGAUUUUUAGAUUCCAAAGAGACCAAUGUUCUUGCAGCAAUUUAAUAUCAGGAGAAAAAAUACUCAAAUACAAGUGAUGAUAUACUUUUAUUGGGCCAUGCAACAUAGCAUUUUUAUGUUGCUUGUUACAAUGUGAGACUUUCUGACAAAAGAUAUCUACGAGGCAUUGAGAAAUCUGUUCAGUUUACUAUAAAAUUCUAUAUAUGUUUACCUCAUAAGAUAUGUGUACUGAUACUCUAGAAAUUAUAAGUGGUUGUGAGGACUGAAGACUGCAACUUGAAAUUAAUGAUUUUAAUGUUUGAAUAGAAAACUUUAGUGAAAGAAAAUGAAAGAAUAUUACCAAUUAGUGUCUCUUCGCUUUUUCAAUUUUUUGAUAAGGUACCAGUUAUUUGUUUUUCAGAUUUUUCUGUUUUUGUUAUGAAUGAUUAGAUUCUUUUACACCAGUUACUCCAUGUAUGUGAUGCAGAUCAACUAACCAGAAUAAAACACCUAUUAAAAGCUGUAUUUUUAGCUUCAUUGUUACCUUGUCUUACAUAAACAUUUUGCUGUUAUCGGAUCCUAAUUAUGUUGACUUGUAUAAGGCAAUAUUACUAACAUAAACUACAAUGAAGUGACACAUGUAGAAGUAAGUGUAUCCAAGAGGGUUGAUUUUAAUAAUCAGUAUGUGUUUUUUGAAAAUUAACUUGACAAUUGAAAUUGACCAAUCAAUGACAGGAUAAACAGUAAUGAUACUAGUAACUGGUUACCAUGGUAGCACUUCUGAUAUGGUAUGUGACUUUGUUAGCUUUGGUGUCAUGGCAGGACAUUAUAAACUUCAGUAGAGCCUUUUAUUUAAAAAACCAGGUAAGAUAAUGACUUUGAGAACAGAGCAAAAUAACAAGACAAUCAAUGUGUUACCUAUUUUUUUUUUCUUAAUCAUGUAUCAGACCUACUCUCACCAUGGCAUGUAGCCAUAUCAGACUGGUGAUCAAGUUGAAAAGUGAGAUGAGUCCGUCCCUUAUCUGACCUUUGACCUGGACAAAGAGUGUCUGAGGGUUGAGUGAUGUCAGUCAUUUCAUGCAGUAUUCUAUAGCCAUGUAGUUGUUGAAUGUAAUAAGCACUAAUUUUAGAUACAGAUAGAAGUGAUGUUAUAAUGAAUAAAUUGAGAAAUUUA